AUGACUGAACCUGAACGUCAUUCAUUCAAUGUUUUCCAUCAAGAUUUCACAAUUGAUAAAAGAUUCGAAGUCAUCAAAGAACUGGGACAUGGUGCUUAUGGUAUAGUUUGCUCAGCUCGUUAUUCAGAGACUCCAGAUGUCACAGUAGCCAUUAAAAAGGUUACAAAUAUCUUUAGUAAAAAAAUUCUAUGUAAACGUGCACUUAGAGAAUUGAAACUAUUAAGACAUUUCAGAGGUCAUAAAAAUAUAACAUGUUUAUAUGAUUUAGAUAUUGUCAAUAAAAAUAAAUUUAAUGAAGUUUAUUUAUAUGAAGAAUUAAUGGAAUGUGAUAUGCAUCAAAUUAUAAGAUCUGGUCAACCUUUAACAGAUGCUCAUUAUCAAAGUUUUAUAUAUCAAAUCUUGUGUGGAUUAAAAUAUAUUCAUAGUGCUGAUGUCUUACAUAGAGAUUUAAAACCUGGUAAUCUAUUAGUUAAUGCUGAUUGUGAAUUGAAAAUUUGUGAUUUUGGUUUAGCUAGAGGUUAUUCAUCAAUUCCUGAAAAAAAUGCAGGUUUCUUAACUGAAUAUGUUGCAACAAGAUGGUAUAGAGCUCCUGAAAUUAUGUUAUCAUUCCAAAGUUAUACAAAAGCUAUCGAUAUUUGGUCAGUUGGUUGUAUAUUAGCAGAAUUGCUUGGUAGUAAACCAAUUUUCAAAGGUAAAGAUUAUGUUGAUCAAUUGAAUCAAAUUUUAUAUAUUGUUGGUACACCACCUGAAGAAACUUUAACAAGAAUUGGUUCACAAAGAGCUCAAGAUUAUGUUAGAUCUUUACCAUUUAUGCCAAAAAUUCCAUUCAAUAAAUUAUAUCCAAAUGCAAAUCCUGAAGCAUUAGAUUUAUUAGAUAGAAUGUUAUGUUUAGAUCCUGCAAAGAGAAUUACAGUUGAAGAGGCCUUAACACAUCCAUACCUAAAAGUUUGGCAUGAUCCUGCUGAUGAACCAAUUUGUUCAUCAAAAUUUGAUUUCGCUUUUGAAGAAGUUGAUGAUUUAGAAGCUAUGAGACAAAUGAUUUUAGAUGAAGUUGAAAGUUUUAGAGAAUUUGUUAGAAGACCAAUUGAAGAUCAACAAUUAGAAUUGUCAAAUCCACAAAUUAGUGAAGAACAAGCUCAACAACAACAUCAACAACAGCAACAGCAACAAGCUCAGCAACAAUAUGAACAACAGUUACUUCAACAACAAGCUCAAGCUCAAGCUCAAGCUCAACAUCAAGCGCAACAACAAUCACAACAACAAUAUCAACAAGUACCACCACAAGAUACUUUCCAAUUUGAAGCUCCACAAGAUUAUCAAUACAAUCAACAACCUCAACAACAUAUUCCACAACAACCUCAAGAUCAAUCUCAACAAAUAUUCAAUCAACCAGGAUUAUUUAGUCCAUCAUUUGAAAGUCCAGUUGGACCAAUUGGUAUACCACAAGACCAAUUUAGAAAUGAUUUACCACCAAGACCACAAGAAAAUGUUUAUUCAACAGAUUUUGGUGGAUUAGAACAAGAAUUAGAAUUUGGUCUUGAUGCUUUUAAAAAAAUUUAG